GAAAACAGCCCUUUCCCAAACUCUGAGCCAAGUCCUGGGGUGUCAUCCUCACUUUACAGCUGCGUGAACAGAAGCCUGGAACUCCAAGAGCCUGCUGCAGCCGAAGCCCUUUCACUGACACGGAACACCUGACCUCCGAGUCCGAGAGAACCUCCAGGGCUUUUCAUGGGGCGGAGAAGAAAGUGAAGACCCCCUUCCUCCCUCAAGAAGCCAACUCACUGGUCCAAAAACAAACAAACCAUUGCUGCCUGGGAUGCUGGGGGGCGGGGAGCACCCCCUCCAUCUCCAAAUUACACUUGGCUGACACCCAGCCCUGUCCAGUCACCCCCGCCCCCCACCCUGCUCUCGGUUUUCUUUCCGGCCCCUCUGGUCCCCAAGGCGGACUAAACUGGGGCAGCUUCUCCAUCCUGAAGGAGAUUCCCGACACCUAGGUUUCCCACCCUGGAAAGGGAGAAAGAGCAGGACAGAGCUGGGAGAGGAAGAGACAGAGAAGGGGGCUGGACACCAGACACCCCGCCUGCGAGGGGUUAACCCGCUCCAUUGGGCCAUUGCCCCCUCUCUCCCAGGAGCCACUUCAGUCGGUUGUCGCCCCAGUGGCCGCCCUCUGAGCACGUGUUGCUGCCCGUCUGCGUCAACGCUGAGUAAACAGAUGACUGGCUGACAGCGCCGGGAGGGGCUAUUUAAGAGGCAGCGUCCUGCCGGCCCACCUGAACUUGGCUCUGCUCCCUCGCCACUCCGUAGAGACGCGAAGCCCGCUGCGUCCUACUCUGAAGCCAUGAACCGCGGCGUGUGCCUGUGCGUGCUGCUGGCGGUACUGGCGGCGGGCGCCCUGGCGCAGCCCGUACCUGCGACCGACCGGGUGGGCCCAGGGGCGCAGCAGGAGGAGGAGGCGCCCCGGAGGCAGCUGAGGGCCGUGCAGAAGGUGGACGGCGAGCCCCGAGCGCAUCUGGGAGCACUGCUGGCCAGGUACAUCCAGCAGGCCCGGAAAGCUCCUUCUGGCCGAAUGUCUGUCAUUAAGAACCUGCAGGGCCUGGACCCCAGUCACAGGAUAAGCGACCGGGAUUACAUGGGCUGGAUGGAUUUUGGUCGGCGCAGUGCUGAGGAGUAUGAAUACCCCUCCUAAGGGACCCCGCCUUGUCAGCACACCAGGAAACGACCUCCGGGCUCAGAGGAGGCAGAAUAAGAAAACAAUCACACUCAUAACUCAUUGUCUCUGAAGUCUGACAUUUUAAGUAUUUAUUAAGUUUUCAAUGUGAAAAACGUGUCUGUAAGAUUUUCCAGUGCAACCUCACAUCUCACCAGAAUUGUACAAAUGGAAGACAAAACAUUGUCCUCAUCUGUGACGCCUGGUCCUAAAGUGUUGCUAUGCUAUUAAAUUGAUUUCAUUCUGCCCCCUCA